UAUUGGGGACUGGUAAAGUCUUGCUUGCUUCGUCGUUUCCCUUGCUUUGCUUUGCGAGCGAGCGAGGGACGGGGGGCGGGGGCUGACUGACUGGAAGAUUACUUUUAAUGAGCCCUCACGAACUCCAUCUGUCACCUCCAUUUCGCUUGUAAUUGUUAGAUAAUAUCUAUCCCCCCUUCAUGUCUCAUCUGUUCACUUUCGCCAUGCUUCUUCUAGAUUUUCGAUGGCGCUGCUGUAAGUAAGUGAGUUUGUCAGGUGGCAUUUCGAUGACCAUCGACUUUCGGGUGUCGUGGUUCAUGAGCAUUUGCGGAGGUGCUGGUGGUUACCAGCGGAGGUCGUUUCGUUUCGUUGAUGGUGUUGGGACUAGUGUUGGCGAGAGUGGCUUCGUGAUUGAUCGUUUGGUUGUGGAAUGGUGUAGUUUGUGUAAGUCGAUUAGUUAUGGUUUUAGAUGUUAAUUGCUGGUUCAAGUAACAAUCGGUUGAUUCGGAAGGAUUGUUGGAUUUGUGAGGCAAGUACAUUGGUUCCUUUGGGUGUAUGAGUUGGAUGCACGCGGCUUUGACGAUUGAGAUUUGGUGGGUAGGGAUUGUGGAAACACAGAGUGUGGAAGUUGGUAGUGGAGGAUGUGUUGAUGCAAUUCUGGGUUGGCGGGCUGGGUAGGGGAUCGAAAGAGGUGGAGAGAGAUAGGAGGGAGGGGAGGGGAGGGGAGGGGGGGAGGUGAUGAAACAAGGCGGAGAGGGUCAUACACAGAUGACAGCGAGGUUGCAAUGAGAGAUGACGCUAGGAAUAAUACAGCGGCUAGCGGAGGAUGCAGCGUGCGCAUGUGGGGCUACCUGCCUGCUGCGUCCCCUCAGCGGGCGCCGCUGUUGCAGCCUACACCGGUGCCCAGUACGCCGCUCAAUGAUCCGCUUAAAAUGGUCUGCAAUGGCGGAUGUGGAUUUGGGAUUGCUAUCUCUGAGUCCGGUAAGCUCAAUACAUGGGGUUCUACCACAGAGCUUGGACAGUGCUACCUAAUCUCUGGCAAACAGCAGGAAGUUCCUGAGCCUUACUCACUACCAACGGAAUCCCCUAUCAUUCAAGCAGCUGGAGGUUGGGCGCACUGUGCAGCUGUUACAGGUGAUGGUGAAGUUUACACGUGGGGCUGGAGUGAAUGCGUUCCAAACAUAAAGUCUAAUCCAGACGAAACCGAACAAGCACAGGGAGAUGAUACAUCCCCAAGUGGUCCUAACACAAGCUUACAGUUGUCUCCAAGAAACAAUGUGGUCUCUGCUAUUAGUAAACCAUCAUCAUCUGCUCCACCUUUGCGCAACGGUGGGGUAUUGCUGGGUAAGCAGAGUGGUCGACAGAAUCAUCGAAAUUUGACAUGUAAAACCUCUGAAAGUAAGGGUGCCGAAGAAGUUCUCAAGAAAAGAAAAGUCGUAAGCUUUGAAGAUAGAGGAUCACCGGAAAGCCCCACUGCAGCCGAGGAGAAUGUUUUUGCUCCACCUUGUUUGGUAAUUUUGGAUCCUGGAAUCAGGAUUAGUACAGUGGCUGCAGGUGGACGUCAUACAUUGGCUUUAUCAGAUGCAGGCCACGUUUAUGGUUGGGGUUAUGGAGGUGAGGGCCAACUCGGGUUGGGCUCGCGCACGCGUAUUGUGUCAACACCGCAGCGUGUUCCAUGCUUCAGUUCAUUAGAAAAUGGGGUUACAAUAGGUGAAGCUUCUAUUCCUGGGAGUUGCGUAACACGAAUUGCUUGUGGAGGUCGCCAUAGUGCUGUCAUUACAGACGCUGGAGCUUUGUUAACUUUUGGAUGGGGUCUAUAUGGGCAGGUUGGCCAAGGCAGUACUGAGGAUGAGCUAAGCCCUUGUCUUGUGUCAGCAAUGAGAGGACUUCGCGUCGUAGGGAUAGCAGCAGGCUUAUGGCACACUCUUUGCAUAACUGACAUUGGAGAUGUGUAUGCUUUUGGUGGCAAUCAGUUUGGCCAACUUGGUGUGGGUGGUAACACAGCAGAGACGUCUCCACGGCUUGUUGAUGCACCGCUCUUGGAAGAUGAAACGUCUGUAGCAGUUGCAUGUGGUGCUCGCCAUAGUGUGGUGUUAACAGGAUCAGGAAAGAUUUUCGCGUGGGGUUGGAACAAAUAUGGACAGUUGGGUUUGGGUGACAGCAACAACAGAGAUCUGCCGGUGCAAGUAACUAUGAAUGAUGGUGGACGUGCAGCCAGUAUUGCCUGUGGGUGGUGGCACACCCUGGCUUCAGUUCAUAUCAAGUGAUUUUCAACAGCGGAAGAGUCGUGCAAUCUGGCUUCUUGUAAAUGUUUUUCCUCUGUGACUGCAUAGAGUUGAAUCACUUAUUUACCGGGUAGUACUGGCAACUCGUGUUACUUUUCCAAAUAAGCUUACAAAAAACAAAACAUGUGGCCUCGUUUCUCAACCAACAAGAAGUGGGCUCUGCUGGUUUUCAACUGUUA